GUUAGGAGGAGGAGUGUUACUCUCUACUAAUAAAGGGGGUUCUUCUUGUUAAUCCUCCAACCAAGCAGACAUAUUUAUAGGAUAGCCCUCUCCCUCCCCCUGACCUCCUCCUCUCCUGCAUCAGCAUCCACAACCCAUCUCCCUCCCUGUCUCUUACACACCCUAAUCCCAGAUCUCUCUCCAACAAAACCAAACAUGAAAAACCCGGUUCUUCUUUUGCCUUAGAACUCUCAGAUUUCCACAGAAAAAAAAUGUCAGCUAUUAAGAGCAUAAUUAACAGGUCAAGAUCACACAGGGUGGUCCAGUACAGCUCAGCGCCAGACCUGAGUCUGUUUGGAGGUGGAUGUGGUGCAGAAACCACUUCAUGUUGGGCUAAUUUGCCACAAGAAUUAUUAAGAGAAGUGCUUAUUAGAAUAGAAGAAUCGGAGAGCAGUUGGCCACCAAGAAAAAAUGUGGUGGCUUGUGCUGGGGUUUGUAGGAGUUGGAGAGAUAUAACUAAAGAGUUAGUUAAAGUCCCUGAACUUUCUGGCAAACUCACUUUCCCGAUAUCUGUCAAGCAGCCUGGUCCAAGGGAUUUUCUCCUUCAGUGCUUCAUAAAGCGGUGCAGAUCCGCUCAAACAUACCGUCUUUAUCUUGGUCUAAAUAAUGCAUUAACUGAAGACGGGAAGUUCCUUCUUGCUGCGCGCAAGUGUAGACGCCCCACCUGCACGGAUUAUAUCAUUUCUCUAGAUACUGAUGAUAUGUCAAAGGGAAGCAAUGCUUAUGUUGGGAAACUUAGAUCCAAUUUUCUCGGAACCAAGUUCACGGUCUUUGAUGGACAGCCCCCUCAUGCUGGAGCCAAGAUGACAAAAAGUCGCUCCUCAAGGCUAGUAAAUUUGAAACAAGUUUCUCCAAGAGUCCCUACUGGCAAUUACCCAGUGGCUAGCAUCUCAUAUGAAUUGAAUGUAUUGGGUUCCAGCAGGGGUCCUAGGAGAAUGCAUUGCAUUAUGGAUGCCAUCCCUGCUUCUGCCGUUGAACCUGGUGGAAUAGCUCCCACACAGACCGAGUUUUCUCAUCACAAUGUAGAUUUCUUACCAUCACUGCCCUUUUUCCGGUCAAAGUCAAACCGAGUUGAGAGCUUUCAAUCAGGAUCCUUGUCCAGUCAGAGAGAAGGAGCUUUGGUGCUGAAAAACAAGGCUCCAAGGUGGCAUGAACAGCUCCAGUGUUGGUGUUUAAACUUCCAUGGACGGGUUACAGUUGCUUCAGUGAAAAACUUUCAGUUGGUUGUUUCCCCAGAAAAUGGACCAGCCGGGCCAGAACAUGAGAAUAUCAUCCUCCAAUUUGGCAAAGUUGGAAAGGAUUUGUUUACCAUGGAUUACCGCUAUCCAAUCUCCGCAUUCCAAGCAUUUGCACUGUGCCUCAGUAGCUUUGACACCAAAAUAGCUUGUGAAUGAUGACUCAUGAUUGAGCAGGUUUGAAUUUGCCUCUCUUAGAAAUUGACACUCAUUGGACCCUGAUUUUGUUAUAAUUUAUUGAAUUGCAAAAGAAAAUCUGAACCUUCCAGAACCAUGAUUUUACUGGAGCAUAGUAUAAGCUGCAAAAGGACCCUGCUCCGCUGCACAAGUAUGAAAUGUAAUCCUGAAAGUAACAACAAAAGCAUGUGUCCUUUUGUCUAUGUCAUGGAUAUUUCAUUACUAGGUAAUAGGUGGUCUCUUGGAAUUGGAUUGUCGAACUUGCCAAAACUUUUAAAUGAUUGACCUUUAAACCAGAGUCACCUUAACUGGGCUGCUAAAAGAAUGACACCCUUUCUUCUGCCUGCGUGUGUGUUGGGGGGGGGGGGGGGGGGGUUUACAUUUUGCUUUUCGUUCUUUUCCACCUCCUUCUACUUAGUCUCCUGCUGUUCAAAAGCCUUAUUGGCUUUCCUGAAUGCAAUUGCUUAAUGCUGUAGAAGCAUGAUCAUAGGCAUCUCUUUAUUGAAGAUAGUAUCGGGGCUAUAUGUCCAGUGAUGGGUCUUUAGUGCCACCUGCAAGCCUUUUUCCUGGCCAUCAACAAGUUUCGGUCUGUCAUGCAUGUCCAGGUGGGAUGGAGUUUUCUCCAUUGAUGGCGGUGCAAUAAAGUUUGCGGGGGUGACUGAUAUGCAAAUGAAAUGCAGAUAUGCUGCUUGCUUGUUUGAAGGUUUUGAGAUGAUGGCGUGGAUUCUAACUCCUAUUCAAGAUGUAGAAUGAGAUGUGGCAUUUAUUAGGACCGGAAGUGUCAUCUAUAAUGCUCUGUGUGUAUAUAUUUUACUCAGCGUUUUCUUAUCUUUUUAUUUUAUUUUCUCCUAUUUGCCUUCUUUCUUUCCCUUUAACUUGUUUUUAUUUAUUUCGUGGCCGUGUAACUAUUUGUCACUUUAAUUAUUUGUUGAGACUCAAGAUACCAACUCUACUUGCUUA